CUAGUCUUUUUACGUUGAGAGAGGUCGUCCACAUUUGACAGCUUUACGGUUUAACGGUUUAACGGUCAUGUCUCUCGGUAAAGCUGCCCGGAGUUUGGUGAAACCGCUCCGGGGCGUCCUCCGGUCCUCGGCCCCGGCUCUGAACCGGAGCUACGCCGCCGUCGCUGAAGCCAGAGCGGUGCUGGAGAGCGAGCUGGACGGGAUCCGAGCGGCGGGGACGUGGAAAGCGGAGCGGAUCAUCACGUCGAAGCAGGGACCUCAGAUCACCGUGGACGGCAGUCAGAGCGGGAUAUUAAAUUUCUGUGCUAACAACUACCUCGGACUGUCGAGUCAUCCGGACGUGGUGCAGGCGGGGAUCGAUGCUCUGAAAGCGUACGGCGCUGGACUGAGCUCUGUCAGAUUCAUCUGUGGCACACAGGAUCUACACAAGAAUCUGGAGCAGAAGUUAGCUCAGUUUCAUGAGAGAGAGGACUGCAUCCUCUAUGCGAGCUGUUUUGAUGCCAACGCCGGACUGUUCGAGGUGUUACUGGGCCCGGACGACGCCGUUUUGUCUGACGAGCUGAACCACGCCUCCAUCAUCGAUGGGAUCCGUCUGUGCCGAGCGAAGAGGCUGCGCUACAAACACAUGGACCUCGGAGACCUGGAGAAGAAACUCAAAGAGUCUCAGUCGUCUCGUAUGCGCCUCGUCGUGACUGAUGGCGUCUUCUCGAUGGACGGAGACGUGGCUCCUCUAACGGGAAUCUGUGACCUGGCUGAACAGUACGGAGCCAUGGUGUUUAUAGACGAAUGCCACGCCACCGGCUUCCUGGGACCCCGGGGCAGAGGGACAGACGAGCUCCUGGGAGUGAUGGACCGAGUUCACAUCGUUAACUCCACCCUGGGAAAAGCUCUGGGAGGAGCCGCUGGCGGUUACACAGUCGGCCCGAAGCCGCUCAUCGACCUGCUGAGGCAGCGCUCGAGACCGUACCUGUUCUCCAACUCCCUUCCCCCUCCCGUGGUGGGCUGUGCCACCCAGGCCGUGGACCUGCUGCUCGCCUCCAACGCCAUCGCACAGAGCAUGACGGCCAAAACCAUGAGGUUCAGAAACAAGAUGACGCAGGCCGGUUUCACCAUCUCAGGCUCAGCUCACCCGAUCUGUCCCGUGAUGCUCGGCGACGCCCGGCUCGCCUCUCUGAUGGCCGAUGACAUGUUGAAGCUCGGCGUCUACGUGAUCGGAUUCUCCUUCCCAGUCGUCCCGAAGGGCAAAGCCAGAAUCCGCGUUCAGAUUUCCGCCGCCCACACGGACGAAGACAUCGACCACUGCGUCGACACUUUCAUCCAGACGGGCAGAAAACACGGAGUCAUCUCCUGAAAGGACGAUGAGUUCUCUGAGUUCUGCUUUCAGUAUGAAAUACUGAACCCCGGUGAACGCUCGCUCGUGCACGCCUGCUGCCUGAAACUCGACGCCGUGAACGCUUCUGAUGGAAACAUCAGUUAAACCUUGUAGGUCAAAUUAUGUCAUGUUGAUUUAGUGUGCUGCUUAGCUGAAUAAAACACGUUUGUUAACAAGU